AUGGCGACAAGCGUCCCUCGACCCGGCCCCGCCAACUUGGGUCCAAAUGCCGGCCUGGACGAAUGGCUCGAAGAGGCCAAACAAUGCCACUACCUGCCCGAGAGGGUCAUGAAGGAGUUGUGCGAGAAAGUCAAGGAGAUUCUCAUGGAGGAGUCCAACAUUCAGCCCGUUUGCACACCCGUCACAGUUUGCGGAGAUAUCCACGGCCAGUUUUAUGAUCUGCUCGAGUUGUUCCGAGUGUCUGGGGGCAUGCCUGGGGAGACUAGUGCCCAGGCCCCCAAAACUGCCACCACUGUCAUCACCUCCGACGAUAUCGAGCCGCCGAGCGAAAUCACAAACCCGAAGCUCAGGAAGAAGCUACGAUCUCCCGUGGGUGAUGCUGGUGCGGCCGGUGCCGGUGCCGAGAGCGAAGAUGGCGCCGACGCUGUCGCCUGUUCUCGUCCGGGCUCCGCGCUGUCAGGCGCGAAUGUCGCCUCCGCUCAGAGCGCCGAGACGCGCUUCAUCUUCCUGGGAGACUUUGUCGAUAGAGGGUACUUCAGUUUGGAGACAUUUACGUUGCUAAUGUGCUUGAAGGCCAAAUAUCCCGAUCGAAUUGUUCUUGUCCGAGGUAACCACGAAUCUCGGCAAAUCACGCAAGUCUACGGUUUUUUUGAGGAGUGCCAGCAAAAGUAUGGCAAUGCCUCCGUAUGGAAAGCCUGCUGCCACGUCUUCGACUUUCUUGUCCUCGCGGCCAUUGUCGACGGCGAAGUUUUGUGUGUGCACGGCGGGUUGAGUCCGGAAAUUAGAACGAUAGAUCAAAUCCGCGUUGUUGCUCGUGCUCAAGAGAUUCCUCACGAAGGAGCAUUUUGCGACCUGGUCUGGUCAGAUCCUGAAGAGGUCGAGACAUGGGCUAUCAGCCCACGCGGUGCGGGCUGGCUCUUUGGUGACAAGGUCGCUACCGAAUUCAAUCAUGUGAAUGGGUUGAAAUUAAUUGCGCGGGCUCAUCAGCUUGUCAACGAAGGCUACAAGUAUCAUUUCGCCGAAAGCUCCGUGGUGACUGUUUGGUCUGCACCGAACUACUGCUACCGCUGUGGCAAUGUUGCCUCGAUCAUGACUGUAGAUAAGGAUUUGAACCCCAGAUUCAGCAUAUUCUCGGCCGUGCCGGAUGAUCAGAGGCACGUCCCUGCGAGCAGGAGAGGGCCGAGUGACUAUUUCUUGUGA